AUGACUUCGGAAUUAGACAUAGAUGAGUUUAUCAGCAGACUUCUGGAAGUCCGGACGUCUAGGCCUGGGACUACGGUUAACAUGAAGGAAGAGGAAGUCCGGUAUCUCUGCGUAACUUCCAGACAAAUAUUCUUAUCACAACCCAUUUUACUGGAACUUCAGGCUCCUUUAAAGAUUUGUGGUGAUAUCCAUGGUCAGUACACAGACCUUUUGCGUCUUUUUGAAUACGGAGGUUUCCCUCCAGAAUCUAAUUAUUUGUUCCUUGGAGAUUAUGUUGACAGAGGCAAACAAAGUUUAGAAACUAUUUGUCUUCUACUUGCAUAUAAAAUAAAACAUCCAGAGAAUUUCUUCCUUCUUCGCGGUAAUCAUGAGUGUGCUGCAAUCAAUCGAAUUUAUGGCUUCUAUGAUGAAUGUAAACGACGUUUCAGUGUUCGAUUAUGGAAAACAUUUACUGAUUGUUUCAAUUGUCUGCCGAUUGCUGCAAUUGUAGAUUCUAAGAUAUUUUGCUGUCAUGGUGGAUUAUCUCCAGAUUUGCAAAAUAUGGAUCAAAUAAGGCGCAUAAUGAGACCAUCAGACAUUCCUGACACAGGACUUUUAUGCGAUAUUCUAUGGUCGGAUCCAGAUAAGGAUGUUAAUGGUUGGGCUGAAAAUGAUCGUGGCGUCAGUUUUACAUUUGGUCCAGAUGUAGUCACCAAAUUCCUUAACCGACAUGAUAUGGAUUUAAUUUGUCGAGCACAUCAAGUAGUUGAAGAUGGUUUUGAAUUUUUCUGUCGUCGUCAGUUGGUUACUUUAUUCUCUGCACCUAAUUACUGUGGAGAAUUUGAUAAUGCCGGUGGUAUGAUGUCUGUCGAUGAAAAUUUAACCUGCUCAUUUCAGUUGUAAUCACAAGGGUAGAUCAGUUGUUAGAGAACCAUUGAAAAACAGGGAAUGCUGGACAGCUGUUUCGUUCUAGUAUUGCCACUCUUCAACGGUACGCACCCCUGACCCUAUCAGGAAUCGAAUCUAAAGCCAAGUUGCUUAGAGAGCUGGUUACCAAUGGGCCAGUGGCUGAUUACUCAGUGUUUUGCCCUCGUAACCUGAAGCACUCACAGUUUCAAUCCGGUUGGAUCAUGUGUACUGCAGAAGAGUUUCUAUGGCAAAACAAUUGUUCAGCACUUGAUUUCCGAUAUAUAUGUAUAUAUGUCUUGGUUCUCAUCGAACUGUUCAUUGUGUUGACU